UUUCAUGUGCUGUUACGUUUCCCCUCAUCCGUUACCCACAGUGGUUGUGUAAGAAGGCAGGCGGAUGUGAUUUAUCGUUUGGGUUCAAUCGCAUUCUUAAACCUCUUCGAAUUUUGUCAUCCUUGGUCGGGUCGGGCAUGUCGGCCACUUGAUGGUGGAGGUCGGUUUGGCAUUACAGAUGAUGAUGAUGAUAAGCAGGGCUUCUGCUUCAGUCUGAGUCGAAUUACAGUUUACAUGGCGCUGAUGCGUCAGUAGCUAGAUCGGCACCGUAUUCUUGAGUAUCGUGUAGCGGGAGGAGUCUGUAGUGACAUGCGAUGGUGUAGAAGGGUGGUCCGAUAAAGGCGGCAAGCUGUAUGGCACCUGCGUGUACUUCUGACCCGAGAGGCUAUCAGUAGCGCGACAUACGGCACGCGAAAAACGGCGGCGAUUUGCACAACUAGCUAGCGGAUGAAUUGCGUCUUUAAUUAAGAAAGCCAGGAUUAUGCGGGUUGGUUCCGCGGAUCGAGAGCAGCAGCACAGAGAGACAGAUAGAGAUAGAGAGCCCUGAGACAUCUGUCAUCGUUGUCAUUUGUUGUGGGCGGUGGUUCGUUUGCCUCGGCAGGAAGGGCCCUGGUAAGCAAGAGCAGCAGACGAGGCGCCUUGCGUUCGACUGUCGAUGCUGCAGCAUAUUGUUUGCUGUUGCAUGCGCGAGGGCCUGCCCAUUUGUUGCUAGGUUGCCCUCGCCCUUGGGGUUGGAGAGAGGGAGGUCUGUGUGGAAGGCAUGGCAGGGCAGGGCAGAGGAGAGCCGAGCGACGAUGGCACCUGCAUGUAGCUGUGUGUCAGGAGGAGGGUCGUCGUCGGUUGUUGAGUGAGAGCGCGAGCCACGGGAGAGCCAGUUGCAAGAAGCUACUUGCCACAAUGCUUGAUGUUUCACGAGUGCAGAAGGAGCUGGUCGAGAUUGAGAGAGAUAAGAAUCUCUCCGGAGUGAGCAUUGCUAUCUGCGAAGAUGAUCUGGCUCGCAUGCGUGGCACCAUCACGGGUCCUGUUGGCACUCCUUACGAGGGCGGCAUUUUUUCGGUGGAUAUCCACCUUCCAUCUGCCUACCCUUUCGAGCCACCAAAAAUGCAGUUCAUAACGAAGGUUUGGCACCCAAACGUGAGCAGCCAAAAUGGAGCCAUUUGCUUGGACAUUUUGAAGGAUCAGUGGAGUCCUGCUUUAACGUUGAAAACAGCGUUGCUUUCUCUUCAGGCGCUGCUAUCGACCCCUGAGCCAGACGAUCCUCAGGAUGCUGUUGUAGCACAGCAGUAUCUGCGAGAUUACGCAACCUUCGUUGGAACAGCUCGAUAUUGGACGGAGACAUUUGCCAAGAGGGGAUCUUUAGGAUUGAAGGAAAAGGUGGCGAAGCUGGUCGAAAUGGGUUUCUCCGAAGAUGCCUCGAAGAGUGCCCUCGAGUCUUGCGGGGGUGAUGAAAAUGGAGCUCUGGAGAAGUUGUGCAGUGGGUAGGAGCAUAGAGGGAAACUCAUUGUCGUAAAUAGCCCUGUUAACUGUCCUGCACGAUUGUAGAGAAUCUUUGUGAAUCGAGAAGAGUUGAUGCGGAAACACUGGGUCGAGGAUAAUCGAUCUAGAGAAGAUAGUCUCCGGGUAGGCAUUGUACUCGAAUCUAGAUCACCUCAAAGACUGAAGUGUAGUGGCCAAAAUACUCCUUUGUAGCAUUGUUCUUCAGUAUGUAACUCACCUUUCUUGAGGCAUUAAUGACACAUUCGAUCCCUGCCUUCUACCGGGAGAGUUCUGCUUAUACCUUCCUGAACGUGUUCGACAGACUUCUCCACAGGAGGGAGAGAGUUUUGUAAGUAGCUGGGCACGAGCUGCGGGUGAAGAGGUGAGCUCGGAAUUUGGCUUGUCCUUGGAACAGCAGGCAGUCAACGAGAUUGCUGUUUCUAUUGGUCAAGCAAUUUCCAGGUAGAAUGUCAAAUCUCCUUUAUAUGGAAGGAUAAGGAUGGGAGUCACUGGAAGUUUUGCCUCGACAAACACUCUACAAACUCGUGUUUUCCUCCUGUAAGAGGGCGUGGAGUGCCUCGAGGUUUUUUUUCGCUCAAUCUGGUGUGACUCAUCAGACGAAAUGGAACGUUUGUAUCAAGCUGUUGCACGUACUGAUAUGCAAAUUUAUUUGU